AUGGACCAUUUCCUGCUGGUCCUCCUGGGGCUCACAUCCCUGCCACUUGUACUGGCAGCCUCCAAACCCGACUGCUCAAAUCCUAUCGAAAUCCGCUCUCAAGCAGAUGCCACUUCCCUCUCAUCUUGCGACACCAUCUCCGGCACUCUAACCAUCUCCCCCGCCGCUUCGGGCUCCAUCACCCUCUCCAACGUCGAGAAUCUCCGCUCCGGCCUCACUAUCGACAAUACAGACCGGCUUGACUCAUUUAUCGCCCCAGACCUGGAAACUGUGACCGGUCUGCUUAGCGUUCGCAACAAUAAGGCCCUCGUCUCGCUGCAGCUCGGGAGUCUGGGGACUGUCGAUGGUGAAGUCCGUAUUCGCGCCAAUCCGCAUCUCACCAACCUGCGCUUCAAUGAACUGGACCAGGUCGCGGGGGGGUUAUAUCUUGAUGGGCCGUUUGACUCAAUAUCCUUCCCCAACCUCGAAUCCGUCCAAGGCGCAACCGAAAUCACCUCCUCCGGAUCUCUAAACUGCAACUCCCUCUCCCCCUCCGAAGACAACGACAACACCGACGUCUUCAACGGCUCCUUCUCCUGCUCAAAUUCCACAACCUCCCUCUCACCAGGCGCCAAAGCCGGCAUCGCCAUCGCCGUAAUAGUAGUCGUCGCUAUCCUCGCCGUCCUAAUAUGGCUUUACUGUCGGCGGAGAAAGCGUCGUCGUCUUGACGUUGCCGCAGUGGGAUCCUCUUCGCCUCUUCCUCGCUCGGUAUCUCCACCUGAUAACGAUAAUAAACCCCCCAGCGAUGUUGACGGCGACGUCGACGUCGAGAAGGAUGCUCCCUCGCCCAUUCCGCGCAAGCCGCUGUCGUUACCUUCUCCUCCUCCUCCUCCUCCUCCUCCUACCUCAGAGACACACAAUGAUAUACCCCGCUCGCUAAUACCCGGGAUGCCCAGGGUUGUGCCCCAGGCGCCGCCCAGUGAAACGGACGUGCCCAUGUUGGAUAGUGAACACGUGCAUGAGGUGUCUGCUGAGAGGGAUCGUGACCGUGAGGCGGGGCCGUUUGAGCUUGAGGCCCCUGUGCGGGGAUUGCAUAUGCGGGUGCUUGAGCCUCAGGUUGCUGCGUAG